UAACGGAAGUCUUAUUUUCACAUCUUCUAUCUUUCGUUUUUGAGAUUUUUCAUUUCCCUUAGCUUAUAUUAGCCAUCGCCGCAUCGAACAGCAACCUUUUCUGUUGGCUGCUGCUGCUUCUUCUUCUUCUUCCCCUACUUUCUUUAGAUCAAGCAGAAGAUGACUAAACCACACAGAACACCGUCCGGCCGUACGAAUCUGGCUUCUUGUAUAGUAGCCACCAUCUUCUUACUCUUUCUUGUUAUCAUAAUCCUCAUCGUCUUCUUCACCGUUUUCAAGCCUAAAGACCCCAAAAUCUCCGUCAACGCCGUUCAGCUCCCUUCCUUCGCUGUCUCCAACAACACUGUCAACUUCACCUUCUCUCAGUACGUUUCCGUCAAGAACCCUAACAGAGUUUCCUUCUCUCACUAUGACAGUACUCUCCACCUCCUCUACUCCGGUUCCCAAGUCGGCUUCAUGUUCAUUCCUGCUGGCAAGAUCGACGCUGGUCAGACCCAGUACAUGGCCGCAACAUUCGCCGUCCAGUCCUUUCCCUUGUCGUCCUCACCGGAUGCGGCGGUCAAUGUGGGUCCGACUUUCUCAAACGGCGGGUUCGGCGGUGGUCCUGGUGUUAAUAGUGGUUUCAGAGUGGGACCGACGAUGGAGAUUGAGUCAAGGAUUCAAAUGGUGGGUAGGGUUCGGGUACUUCAUAUUUUCACGCAUCACGUGGAGGCCAAGGCUGGUUGCAGAGUCGCCAUUGCUGUGAGUGACGGAUCUGUGUUAGGCUUCCAUUGCUAGCAGGUCUUGGGUUGUUCCACUUUUAAAUCUUAAUUAUAACUGUAGUUUCUUAUGGGUUUUGAAUUUGCAUAUCAAAUUUGUUUAAGAAAUUGUAAAAAUUGAUUUUGGUAGUAAAUUUUUCUGUGGGCUGUGAUCUAUGUUUUGAAAA